GCUCUCUCUACAUACCUCGCCCAUAGCAUUACACGCCUGCUCCCAUUCACACACUACGCUCUCUUGGACCUCCCCACAUAUACACCCAUUCACACACACCACCGACUAUCCAUGUAUCUGUCAGCGCUGUAGCAUCGCCGGCGACUCCCUCUGCUCGGCAACUCUCCAUUGACGCACUCGGAACCUCAUCGUCACUGACGCAAGCGGAACCACUGUUAACGAUCUCCACUCUCAACCCCAACACAACGCCUACGAUGCCUCUCCGCGCCGAACGGCCCAUAGUGCGUGUCGAGCACAGCUCCAUGCGCACCAUCGAAACCCGCAGCACCGAGAACCUGUUCGGCCUCUGGUCUGUCUUUGCACGAUGCUCGCCUGCCAUGGAAGACGGCAAACGCUACGAGAACAUGGCCUGGAGGUUGUGGUCCCGCGAGACCUUCUGCUGCCAGCCAGACCCCGUGGCUGCUCCCCAGUGGACCUUCCAGCGCCAGUUGUCAGCUAGCGCCGCGGACAUGCCCGCGCUCUCUACCAGCGUCGCCUCCGACGACUCCAAUGUGGAAAGCGCCAUCAUCACCACUUCCCGCUCUGAUCUCUCGGCCGACCGCCCCGACCUGCGCCGCCACGACUCUGCCACCAGCCAGGCCCGCGGCAGGCACAUGACGCCCAUCGGCCUCGAGAAGGUCGUCAACUCGAUCCAAGAGAAGAAGUUCAUUGAGCCGCUCUCGCCUCUGCCCGCACAGCUUGCCCCGCCUGUACCCGAGCAGAAGCCUGCCCAGCACUCCACGCCGCCCACCACCGCCCGCCCCAUCCCCGAAGCCUCCACUUCCACUGUAGCCACGACGGUGAACAGCGAAAUCAUGAGCCCCGCCGUCAGCUCCGAAGCGAGCACCUCCACCGACGUGAGUGAGCACAGCGUCGUUCGCGGCUUCGAGCCCGGCCACAUCUCCACCUCGGUACGGUCCACCACCAACCUGAACCCCACCCCCAUCCUCAAGAAGACCUCCAGCUUUGUCACCAAGCCUUUGCCUGCCAAGGCCGACUUGAGCAAGAAGAAGCAGCCCAUGUUCACUCUCGGUGGUUCCUCUGAAGAGGAGAACGGCAGCUCCUUCGAGGCCUACUCUCUCCAGCGCAGCUCCCUCUCACAACAGUUGCGCAACGCCGCGCCCAUGCGCAAGACGACCUCGUUCAAGAACGAGGUUAGCACCCGCACCUUCCACGACGUCUCCGAGAGCAGCGAGGCGGCCAUCGAGACCGACAGCGAGGAUGAUGUCGACGAGAGCGCCAUCGAGGACGAGGACUCGGACGAAGAUGAGUGGGAAGACGACGACAACGAGGAGAGCGGUCCCCCCAGCGUUGCUGAGCACCGUCCCUUGUUCUCGCGCGUCGACUCAAAGCCCAACCUGACCUCCCGCCGUUCCCUACUCACGACCGCGCUCCACCAGGGUGACCGCGCAUCUGCACUACAGAAUGAAGCAUCGCGAUCAUCGCCUGCUAUCCGACGCUCACGCACCACCACACCCAACGGUCCAUCGACCGGCAACUCUCCACACGAGGACAAGGGCCUGAUGAUGCGCGAGCCGGCUUCCCGCCCAAAGCCCAUCAUCAUGACCACCUCCAACGUUCACCCACCAGCAAUGUCCCCCAAGACAUGCAGGCGUAACAUGCUGACUUCCGAGCUGACCGGAUCACUUCGUCAGAACCUGCUGUGGGAGAGGCAGCAAAAGAAUGCCACCACCAAUGCCGUAGCAAAGCGCGCCCAGAGCGCAGUCAACCUACCAGCCCUCCGCCGGGCCAUGACCACCGGCGAUGUCAAGGGCCUCAACACCAACGAUCAACAAGCUCAAAUUAGAUCUACUACUUUCCGGGACGACAACAAGCCCGACAGCUCAUACAACCAGUUCUUCGACGGCGGCGACGCCCAAGAGUACCACCGCUCCGGAUGGUAGCACUUCAUCAUCAUUUCUUCACAUUUGCACUUCUAGCGGCAUCUAUGGUUUGGCAUUGGACCAAGGCGUUUUGUUUCUUCACUUUAGCGCUCUGCAGGCGAUGAUGGGUUAUGAUCCUCCCAAAAUCUUCUGAUACUGCCAGGGCAUCGAUUAUGCCCAAUGAGGCUACGAAUUUCUUUCAUGCAGUUAUACCGGACAAUGGGUGCUUCUUGGUCUGAAGACGGGUUACGGCUCACGCCUAUUUGGUCUGUACUAUCACCUGCACUGUACUUGUAUCGGACUCUUUGCCCGACCCAUUAUACCCCGGCAUGGGACGGCUCCACGGAGCUGUUGAACCACAGCAACACCUUGCUUGGAAAAUAGCAGGUGUUUGCCUAGAUACCUAAUGAUAAAAAAGCGGAUUCUUCAUC